AUGAUAUUUCCAGAGCAUAGAAAGUUUUUAGGUUUUUCAUGGGAAUCGGACGACACGGUAGUUAAUUACGUGUUUAAUGUCCUUCCAUUUGGCAUUUCUACAGCAGGGUACAUAUUUACAAAACUUCUGAGAACUGUAGUCUCAAAAUGGAGAUCUCUUGGUCAUAGAAUUGUGUUGUUCUUGGACGACGGUAUGGGUGGUGAUAACACCUUUUCGAAAACGUUGGACAUGUCGGUUUUUGUACAUAAAGAUUUGAUGAAUUUUGGUUUCAUCAUGGCAGAAGAUAAAUGUAACUGGUUGCCUUGUCAAAGCAUUGUCUGGUUAGGUUAUCUUUGGGAUACCUUAAACGGUAUUCUCAUGGUCACAGAUAAACGCGCCUCAAAAACAGAAUGUCUUUUGAAGAAAUUCAUUGAUAGCGUAAGUCGGGGAAAAACCGUUUUCCACGUGCGAAGCGUUGCAAGUUUAGUUGGUCAACUGAUCUCCAUGCAAUCGUUUGUGGGACAGAUUGUAAGGUUAAGGUCAAGGUCACUGUAUGAUUGCAUAGUUAGUCGUGCCAGCUGGGACGCACCAGUCAUGCUCAGUUCUCGAGCUUACGAUGAGAUUAUUUUUUGGAAUGGUAAUCUAAGAGCUCUAAAUAAGGGAAAACUUAAGGAGACAUAUUUAUGUUCAGUAGAUGAAGAUAUUAUUCAGAGUACCGUAUUUUGUGACGCCAGUGGAGCCGGAUUUGCAGGGUUCAUUGAGGGUGAUGAGGGAAGUCAAGUAAUUGGUCGUUGGUCUGAAAUCGAAAGUGGUUUGAGUUCCACCUGGAGAGAGCUCGAGACAGUUCACAGGGUUUUGAACACAUCGGUGAAAAGCCUGGAAGGGCACAACGUGGGUUUGAACACAGACAAUAAGAAUGUUAUAUCUAUUUUAAAAAUAGGUAGUAAAAAGCAAUAUUUGCAGGAUAUCGCAGUUGACGUGCACACAAUUUGA